UGCUAGACUGUGUAAUUUUUCAGAAUUUGAUAAUAUAAAUCUAGAUUCAGUCAAACCCAGCACUGAUGCAUAAUAAUAUUAAUUCUGUUGCACGAAGCACCCAAUACAGCAAAGUAUAUGCUGCUCAUGAGGUAAAUACAAAUACUGUAACGUAUAGAAAUAAUGGAAUGUAUCAUUAUGAGGGUGGUUGGCCAAAAGAUAUUAAUACGAAAGAGAUGGAACAAACUGUUAGAUAUAGACGGAAGAUAGAAAAGGAUGAGCUAUAUAUUCAUACUAUGCUGCAGUUAUUACCUGCAAUGGAACAUUGCAUUUUACAAAAUAAUGUAUGUGAUAUUUAUGAACAAUAUUUCAAUGAUAUAGAAGCAACAUCGUUGAUACAAAGAACAUUUUCCCGUACCGUGAAUGUAUACCGUGAUCCUUUAACAAUGAAACGUCAGAUAACACAUGUUUCAUGGUCACCUGAUCAAGGAACUCGUUUUGCAGCAAGUUAUUGUAAUACUGAUUUUAAAAAUAUAAUGAAUUUUAGUACUACAUCAUAUAUUUGGGAUAUAGAAAAUCCAGGUAGUCCAUUUAUGACUUUAAAGCCAUUUUGUCCAAUUUUAACUUUAGAAUAUAGUUCUAAAGAUAAUAAUGUCUUAGUUGGUGGUUUAAUGACUGGGCAAGUAGCAUUUUGGGAUAUAAGAAAAGGAUCUGAACCUAAUGAAGUUAGUUCAGUCAAUCAAAGUCAUAGAGAUCCAUGUGAUAAUGUUUUGUGGAUAAAUUCUAAAACUGGAACAGAAUUUUUUAGUUCUUCAAAGGAUGGACAGAUCAAAUGGUGGGAUACAAGAAAAAUGAAAGUACCUACUGAAACUUUGGUAAUAGAUUUAGAGAAAGCAGAAAAUCAAAAUGUUGAUCGGGCGACUGGCAUAUCCGCGUUACAAUUUGAACCUUCUAUGAGUUCACGAUUUAUGUGUGGUCUAGAAAAUGGUAUGGUAAUAUCUGCAAAUCGUAAAGGGAAAACACCGAGUGAAAAACUAGCAGUUAGAUUUAAAGUUCAAUAUGGUCCAGUAAUAGGUUUAGAGAGGAAUCCUACAUUCAUUAAAAAUUUUUUAACUAUUGGCGAUUGGACAGCUAGAAUAUGGUCUGAAGAUUGUAGAGAAUCUUGUAUUGCUUGGACUCCAGGUCAUCGACAAUUUUUAAUGGGUGGUUCAUGGAGUGCAACAAGAUAUUCUGUUUUCUUCUUGAUCAAAAUUGAUGGAACUUUGGAUGUAUGGGACCUGCUUAUACAGCAAGAUUCUCCAGUUCUUAGUAUAAAGGUAUGCGACGAUGCUCUUACUUGUGUAAGACCUCAUGAACAAGGACAAUUAGUUGCUGUUGCUAGUAGAAAUGGUAUAAUAUAUUUACUUGAACUAUCAGAAGCAUUAAAGAUCAAUCAUAAAAAUGAUAAAUUAUUAUUAACAGCACUAUUGGAUAGAGAAACACGUAGGGAAAAAGUAAUCGAAGCAAAGAACAGAGAAAUAAGAUUGAAAAUGAAGUCUCUUCGCGUUAACGUUGAUUCAGAAAUUAUGAAUGAUCCUUCGAAAAGUAAUAAUCAUGAGGAUUUGAAGCAGAAUGUUUUAAGUUCGAAAGAUACAUUGAUAGAACAAUGUGAACAAGAUUAUAUAAAUAUUAUAGAAGCAGAAAAAGCGAGGCGAUCCGCAGAAAACGACGUUGAACUAAAUAACAAUAACAUAAACGAAAGGAAAAAGUCUAUUGUUAGCAAACACCUGCCGUUUAUCGAUCUAUUCACGUUUCCGUGCGUAGUAUGGAUAAACGUGAGUGAAGUUCUUGUAGGCCAUGCAGUUGGUGUGUCGCCUGUCAAAGUUGUAUUUUAUUGUAAAAAAAUUCAAAUAAAAAAAUUAAAAAAAAAUAAUCAAAAAAGUUUUAUAAUGUCGGAGAAAGAUAAGACACGAUUAGUACGUAAUUCUGACUGGACGUCUGAUCAAAAUGCAAGUAAAUCAGAAAGUGAAGUGGAAGGUCAGUGGUCAUUUGUUAAAAGAAAAAAAUCAGAGAAGAAAAGAACUAUUAAAGCAUUCGAAACUAAUGAUCGUAAAAUGUUGCUCAAUUCGAAAGAAGAUGAUUUAAAUGAUUCUCUGACAAAUUCUAUGAGCAACAGAUCUGAUAUGAAAGAAAAAACAAAUUCUUCUUCCUUUGUUGCUAAUAGAAAAAAAUUAACAAGAUCUAACAAUUUAAAAUCUGUCGAUGUCGUUGUGGACGUUCAUCAACGUUACGAAGAAACAAUACCGAUAAAAUCAUUAAAAAAUAAGAUUGAUAUUUUCGAAUCCAAAUCGAUCGAAGUAUCAGAAAUAGAAGAUUUGUCUUUAGGUAGUAAUUCUCAAAAGGAAUCAAAGAAAAAAAUAAAAGUUGCAACGAAGGAUAAUUUUGUAAUAGAUUCGAUUGAUGAAUUCGAGGACAAUGAGGAAGAAAUAAUUUCAACUCCUAUUUUAUCAUCGAGAUCUUCGCAAAAUUUAUUCGAAGAUAAACCACGUCGUAGGAAACAAUGGGAGACAGUACGUCCUGUUAUGAACGAAGUUAUAAAUUUAAAAAAGCCACCAAGGAAACGUUGGUCCAAAGAUACCAGCGUUAUUCGUUUACCAGAAACUUUGGAUUCUUCAUUGAUUAAUGAGAAAAUUUCAAAGACUAUAGAAAGCUCAAAGAUACCGGUACCAGCUCCAAGAUCAUUCUCGACGGACAAACAAAAUUCACGUUUUGCUUUUGAGAAUGAAGCAUUCGUAUCGGAGAACGAAGAAGUUUUGAGAAUUGAGAGAGAUUAUGUUAAAGAUAACACGAAAAUUGAGAUGAGAAGGAUGAGUGAUCGAAUGGAUACACCUUCCUCAUCUCGAGAUUCAAGAAAUAAUUUCUCUAAGAGAACUUCUCCGAGAAAACAGGAAACAACGUCGACUCUAGAAAAUACUGAAGAUUCCGAUGUUAAUGUCUCUUCGUCAUCGAUAAAAAAGACGUUACAUUUGUCUAGAAGACGAAGAAAAAAUUCUCUUCGCUCGAAUGUGUCAAAUAGUUUAGAAGAAAUAUCAAAUAAUCGAUAUACGGUAUCCGAGGAUGAAUUAAUUAAUGAUGAUCGUGAGGUAUUAAAAAGAAAGAAAAAAAUUAUGGAAUACUCGAGUCGAGAAAGUUUUUCAACUAACGAAAAAGAAGGAGAAGGAGAAGGAGAAGAAGAAGAAGAAGAAGAAGAAGAAGAAGAAGAAGAAGAAGAUUUGUCAUCAAAAAUAUCGACUGGUAGAACUUUGUCUGAAAAUAAAAAGAAAAAAGAUCGUAGAUCUAAAGAAGAAAUUCGUUAUUUAGCGAACGAGCUGGAUCCGAAAAGGAAGAAGAAAAAAAAGAAAAAAAGUGAACCGAUAAAAUACAUCCUAAUUACGAUUCACAAAGCUGACAUGCUUGAGACCGAUUAUGUGACUAAACAUCCUAUGGUUAAAGUACAUAUCGUUGAAGCAGAGACUGGUAAUUAUUUAAAAAAUAAAAAUGACAGUGGAAGUUCGUAUAUCCAGCCAAUGAUUACUGGAAAAUUUGAUUUCAAGGAGAACAGGUCGAUGAUACCUAUUUGGGAAGAAGAAAUUAUUUUUGAACACGAUUUUAAAACUAUCGUGAAGAUUGGAAAUGAACAAGUUAUCCUUUUUUUCGAAAUUGUUGAUCUUUUGAGCUUUGCCGAAGCUAGCUUCAACUACGAUAGGUUUGGUAACGAAGGUUGUUGGUAUAAAAUAGCUUGGGCAUUUUUAAAAACAGUUGGAACGAAUAACGUGAUGCACAUUGAUAAAAAGAUCAGAUUGCAAUUAUACAGACCUCAGAAAAGUACAAGGAACUUUGGUUCAAGAAAAUGUGAAGUUUACAAUUGGUGGAAAUCUAACAGAAGAGAGAAAUAUCCAAGUAGUCUUUACGUCACUGUUACAUCUAUAAAUCCACCAAAAUUAGAACCAGUACUUUAUCAGCAGCUCUCUUUUGACGAUAUUUUAGAUAUCGGAAACGAAUCACAUAAGUUAUCGGUACAAUCAUCAGAAUUAAUUAAUUUACCAAGAUGGACAAGAUUGGCUGCUCAAUCUUGUAAAAUACCAAAUGAGAAAUACUUUGAAACUGAGAUUAGUGAAAAUGGGUGUUUCUUUCUUGCUUUCAAUAAUGAUGGCAAAUAUUUAGCUUGCGUUUUUUCUGAAGAAUAUGAUUAUCCUAUAAUAGUAUAUGAGAUCGAAUCUAAUAAAGUUCAUGUUCGAUUUUCUGGACACAAAACAUUCGUAUAUUCAUUAAACUGGUCGCCGGAUGAUCAUUAUCUACUUUCUGUUUCAUCGGAUCAAACUGCUCGUAUAUGGGACGUUCGUAAUAAAAUUGUACAACAUAUUCGAAUGUUACCUCAUCCUUCCUACGUUUACUGUGGUAAAUUCAAUCGUAGAAACGUGUCGAUAAUAGCUACAGGAUGUUACGAUCGUAUUGCAAGAAUAUGGACGAGAGAUUUAAAAUCAAAGAAUUACGAACUGAGCCAAGAAUUAGAGACACACGAGGGAUUUGUUAAUUCUUUGUGCUUUCAAAAGAAUGGUAAUCUUCUUACAGCUGACAGCGUUGGUACGAUAAUACUAUGGUCAGUGAAAAAAAAUCGUAGGAUGUCUUCUAAAAAAGAAUGGUAUUUGUCGAAGAAGAUAAACAUUCGCGAAAUAGAGAACAUCACGAUAAAUGCGAUUAUUUUACAUCCGCUUGAAUCAAGAUUACUCGUUCAUUCGAGAGACAAUGGUCUGCGAAUGAUAGAUCUGGCUGCUGAUGUAGUGUUACAAAAGUACGAUGGUUUGAAAAACCAAAGAAUACAAUCUACAGCUUGUAUUUCGCCUUGUGGUGGUUUAAUAUUUUGUGGUGGAGAAGAUUCAACUUUGAACGUCUGGAAUUUAGAAACUGGUAGAUAUUUAGCAAGAUAUACGAUCGAACGAACCUUUAGAGCAAUAACUUGCGUUGAUUAUCAUCCAUACGAUCAUGUAUUAGCAUUCUCAAGUUUUGGUAGUCCUGCUCAAGUUAGAAUUUUGAAGUUUGAAAAGAAUUCGACAGGGAUGAACAUAGGUUUGUCGAUGAUGACGGAAGCUGAGACAGGAAUUGGUGAUUAUAGAGUUGAUCUGAGUUUGAAUCUUCCAAAUGUUUCUAUUAAAAAAAGAUCAAGAUCAAUGUCGAGUGGUAGACGACAGGAAUUAUUAAAUGAAGGAGAGUUAAAUAGUUAUCGAACUCCUCUAAGUCGUAAUUCGACGAUUGUGAAUAUUUUUCAAAAUGAAGGGAAGUACGAGAGUGCGAAGUUAAAAUUGCGACGAUUGAAAGAAACCGAAGAGCAAUUGAAAAGUCGUAGCACCAGUCGUUUAUAUAAUAUCAUCGAGAAGAUCGAUAGGAUACUUUCGAAUACCUCUAGAUCGUCGAAUGAUCUUGAAUCUGGUCAGAAUUUUCUUUAUAAUGAUCAGGACAAAGAUAGGAAUAAAUCCUCGACGAGUUUUAAUCAGGAUGAUAAGAAAAAAGAGAAAAUCAAAUCGAAAAAAUUAUCUACAUUGAAGAAUUCGAACGCAGAUCGUUCCAGUUCGUAUAUUGAAUCAAGUUCUAUGAGUUACGAUGGAAAAGAAACGAUCGAAUUGAAAACGUUUCACGUUUUGAAAGAAAAUGAUUCAGAUCUCAAUGGUAGGAGAACGAAGAGUGCAAAGGAUUCAAGAAGGAGUAAAAUUCUUCAAGAAAAUACACCAAAGACUUUUUCUGAUGGUGCAACGAAUUCCAGAAGAAAUCGAGUUUUUCGUAAAGAAAUGUCUGAUGAUCGUAUUGGUCCUUUGGAUUUUGCGAUUACGCAAGAAGUUCAGGAAUUAAAGAUCACUUCUUCUAGUUCACCAGAAAGUGCUGGUACUUACAUUGUAGAGAAAGCUGAGUUUGAACAAAAUAAAGAUUUGAAUUCUGUGAAAACUUCAGCUAAUGAAAGAUCUAUAAGUAAUAGCGAAAAGAAUUUUGUAAAAAUGUUAGAAAGUGAUAGUUCACUGCCCAGUAAUGCUACUUUCACUAUAGAGAACGAGAUUUCUAUUUCUAAACCAAGAAAAAACAAGUUUAUAUCUUAAAAAAAAUUUUUAAAUAUAUAUAUAUAUAUAUUUAAUUAUACAGCUUGCAAAGUUGGUGACAAUGAAAAUAGCUUAAGACAUAUAUUAUUUUUUUUUCCAAUGGUUCUACAUUACUAUAAUAUAGAUCAAUGUAAC